UCUCGUGCGAGAGGAUGUCGACAUUUUGGACCAAAACAUCAUCAGCUGUUGGCCCAUGCGACAGUGUCUCCUUUGCGUCAGACUCUGAGUCCCCCGUGGCAGUUCUCUCUCCUUUCCCUGUGUGUUUUAAGGGGUUUCGUCGACGCGGUGUAGCUUAUAACAGUCAUGGCAGAUUCAACGGCAGUAGAACAGAGUGCCGCUUUGGAGCAGAAUUCGACCGCGGAAGCACAAGUUGAUGAAGAUAUUGUUGAUCCUUGGAAUGUACAGGCCUCGAGUAGUAAAGGCAUCGACUAUGACAAGCUAAUAGACAGGUUUGGAUCCUCGCGCAUUGAUGCCACUUUGCUGGAGAGAUUUGAGAAGGUGACGGGUCGCAAACCACACCACUUUCUCAGGCGAGGGAUCUUCUUCUCCCACAGGGACAUGCACAGAAUUUUGAACUUAGUGGAAGCUGGCAAGAAGUUCUUCCUGUACACUGGCCGUGGCCCUUCCUCUGAGGCCAUGCAUGUUGGCCAUCUCAUCCCCUUUAUUAUGACCAAAUGGCUGCAGGAUGUGUUUGACGUCCCCCUGGUCGUGCAGCUAACUGAUGACGAGAAGUACCUGUGGAAGGACUUGAAGCUGGAGCAGUGCAACAAGCUGGCAUACGAGAACUCCAAGGACAUCGUGGCAAUGGGCUUUGACAUAAACAAGACCUUCAUCUUCUCCGAUAUUGACUUUAUCGAAGGGAGCGGAGAGUUCUAUAGGAAUGUCUUGAAAGUACAGAAACAUGUGACCUUCAACCAAGUCAAGGGGAUCUUUGGCUUUGACGAGUCGUCCAACAUUGGCAAGAUCAUGUUCCCUGCGAUCCAAGCAGCACCAAGCUUCUCGUCUAGUUUCCCAUUUAUUUUCAAGGGGAAGAAGGACUUUCCCUGUCUUAUCCCAUGUGCUAUUGAUCAGGAUCCGUACUUCCGGUGA